AUGGCCACAAGUGAUAACCGUUAUUCUGUUUUCGUUGGCAACUUGCCACCGAAUACUAUUCAGGGACAUUUCGACACUAUAUUUUCAGGUUGUAAUAUAGCUAGUGUAAGACUGGUAAGAGAUAAACAGACAGAUGAGUUUAAGAGAUAUGCUUAUGUUGACUUCAAAGAUGAAGAGUCUCUGAGAAAUGCCUUAUCUAUGGAUGGUGCGACUCUUGAAAAUCAUUGUCUCAGGGUAAAUCUGGCGCACGAAAAACCUGGACGUGGUGGAGGCCAAGGCCAUGGGGGUCAGUUUGGCAUGAACAAUGGUUAUGGACGGGGCGGCUUUGGGAACCAGCCACGGGGUAGACCCAGCAUGGGUGGUGGUAGAACAGGAGAAGGUUUUGGUCGACCAGGUCGAGGUGGAUUUGGAGGCCGCAGGGGAUUCGGAAGUCAAAGACAAAGUUAUCAUCCGCCUGGACUUUCACGUGAACAACCACAAGAAUCAAAUCAAACAAAUCCGCAGUUAAGAUGUGGCGAAAUAAGUGGUGAUAUUUCAAACGCAGAACGACCGCGACUAAAUCUUAAACCUAGAACUGCUCCCGUAAACACAAAUGAUAAUAGGCAGUUAUCAGAACGCGCCCGCGCAAUAUUCGGUACUGGACGUCCCAGAGAAGCUAGUCCGCUCCGUGCACAAGGCAGUAGCAAAGGACCUGACUCAGAAGAAAAUGUCACCAGUUCUGGUUAACGCGAGAAAGUCAGUUUGGCCAAUGUGGGAACCGUUUACACCGAGAUCUAACUCUUUUGUGUUACUUGUUAAUUCAUUCCCUCUCCUCCCCCACCACCCCGAACAUUUCGGUACCAAUGGUACUGUUUUUAUAAAAGGCAUCUGCAACUUUUCAUUAUACUUUAUCCAUAUAUAUUUUUCUUUUUCACCAGUAACAAUGUGUAUGUGUACAGGUUGGUCAAUUUUCAUCUGCAUUCGUUUUGAUUUCAAAGUAUACUGCUUCUUUUUCUGUUUUGGUCUGCUAUGUCACUGUCGUUAUUGUACUGUUUAUGGGACCUCUUCAUAUUUCUCAUCCUUAAUUUUAUCAUCACUAAGCAUAGUUUUCUUUUGUACAUGGUUGUUUCUCUUUCUAGACAACAAAGAUAUACUUCUUAUUCAGUCUUCCAUUUUUCCCGGUAUAUAUAUACGCGUAGGUAUUUGUAAAAAUAGUAUUUCUGCUUUCAAAAG